AUGGGGCCCCUGCCGUUCGCUCAGUCUGUUUAUCCUGGCCCAGGCCGAGACCGCAGGGCACAGGGAGGAGGCUUCUGCUUUCUAACCACAGCGUCUGGCACCUGCAGCCGCCACAGCUUGCGAGCUGCUCACUGUGCCCAAAGCCCAGAGGUCGAUUCUUACGAUGUGACGGUGGAUGAGGAGCUGGGCGAGAUCCAGCUGAUCAAAAUCGAGAAGCGCAAGUACUGGCUGCACGACGACUGGUACCUGAAGUACGUCACGCUGAAGACGCCCUCCGGGGACUACAUCGAGUUCCCCUGCUACCGCUGGCUCACUGGGGACGGCGAGGUGGUGCUCAGAGAUGGGCGAGCAAAGCUGUCCCGCGAUGACCAAAUUCACAUUCUCAAGCAGCACAGACGCCAAGAACUGGAUACACGGCAGAAACAGUACAGGUGGAUGGAGUGGAACCCUGGGUUCCCCUUGAGUAUCGACGCCAAGUGCCACAGGGAUUUGCCUCGCGACAUCCAGUUUGAUAGUGAGAAAGGCGUGGACUUCGUUCUGAACUACUCGAAAGCGAUGGAGAACCUCUUCGUCAACCGCUUCAUGCACAUGUUCCAGUCGUCCUGGAGUGACUUCGCCGACUUUGAAAAAAUCUUUGUCAAGAUCAGCAACACUAUUUCUGAGCGGGUCAUGAAUCACUGGCAGGAAGACCUCAUGUUCGGCUACCAGUUCCUGAACGGCUGCAACCCCGUGUUGAUCCAGCGCUGCACCAAGUUGCCCGAGAAGCUCCCGGUGACCACCGAGAUGGUGGAGUGCAGCCUGGAGCGGCAGCUCACCUUGGAGCAGGAGAUUGAGCAAGGGAACGUCUUCAUCGUGGACUUUGAGCUGCUGGACGGCAUCGAUGCCAACAAAACAGACCCCUGCACGAUGCAGUUCCUGGCCGCCCCCAUCUGCUUGCUGUACAAGAACCUGGUCAACAAGAUGGUCCCCAUCGCCAUCCAGCUCAACCAAGUCCCAGGAGAGGAAAACCCCAUUUUCCUUCCUUCGGAUGCAAAAUACGACUGGCUUCUGGCCAAAAUCUGGGUGCGCUCCAGUGACUUCCACAUCCACCAGACCGUCACCCACCUCCUGCGCACACACCUGGUGUCCGAAGUGUUUGGCAUCGCCAUGUACCGCCAGCUGCCUGCCGUGCACCCCAUUUUUAAGCUCCUGGUGGCGCACGUGCGGUUCACCAUCGCCAUCAACACCAAGGCCCGGGAGCAGCUCAUCUGCGAGUACGGCCUCUUUGACAAGGCCAAUGCCACAGGGGGCGGUGGGCACGUGCAGAUGGUGCAGAAGGCCAUGCAGAACCUGACCUACACCUCCCUGUGCUUUCCUGAGGCCAUCAAGGCCCGGGGCAUGGACAGCACAGAGGACAUUCCCUACUACUUCUACCGGGACGACGGGCUCCUGGUGUGGGAAGCCAUCAGGGCGUUCACAGCCGACGUGGUGGGCAUCUACUACGAGAACGACCAGGUGGUGGAGGAGGACCAGGAGCUGCAGGACUUCGUGAAGGACGUGUAUGUGUACGGCAUGCGGGGCAGGAAGGCCUCAGGUUUCCCCAAGUCCAUCAAGACCAGGGAGAAGCUGUCGGAGUACCUGACGGUGGUGAUCUUCACGGCCUCAGCCCAGCACGCAGCAGUGAACUUCGGCCAGUAUGACUGGUGCUCCUGGAUCCCCAACGCCCCCCCAACCAUGCGGGCCCCGCCGCCCACGGCGAAGGGGGUGGUCACCAUUGAGCAGAUCGUGGACACACUGCCGGACCGAGGCCGCUCCUGCUGGCACCUGGGUGCCGUGUGGGCGCUGAGCCAGUUCCAGGAAAAUGAGCUGUUCCUGGGCAUGUACCCGGAGGAGCAUUUCACUGAGAAACCCGUGAAGGAGGCCAUGACCCGAUUCCGCAAGAACCUCGACACCAUCGUCAGCGUGAUCGCUGAGCGCAACAAGAACAAGAAGCUGCCCUAUUACUACUUGUCUCCAGACCGGAUUCCCAACAGCGUUGCCAUCUGAGCGUCUCACUCCAGGUGGACUUUUCAUCAGAAGACAAUGGAGCAUUGGGCCAGAAGACAAUGGAACAGCUUUCUUUUUAAAGCAUUAAAAGAAAACAAUCACCCACACAGAAUUCUGUAACCAGCAAAAAAUAUCCUUCAAAUAUGGAAAUAAAAUAAAGUUUCAGGUAAAUAAAACUAAGAGAAUCUGUGGCCAGCAGAUAUCUAUUACAAGAAAUGCUAAAGGGAAUUCUACAGGCUGAAGGGAAACGACACUUGAUGGACACUCAGAUCCUCAGGAAGGAAGGGAGAGGAUCAGAAAUGGUAAAUAUUUAUUAAAUUAAGAGACUUUCCUACUCUUAAUUCCUUUAAAAUAUAGAUGACAUUUUAGGUUUACAUCAUACAUAUAAAGAUAGCAUAAAAUACAAUGGGUAUUAAAUGGACUUUUUCAUUGACAUGGUUUCUACAUUUUAUAUCAACUGGCCCAAUAGUCUAAGUAAUUGGCAAAAUUUUAAGUGGGUAUAUUAUAAUCACUAAAAAUAAUAUAUAGCUAAAAACCAAUAGGUGGUAUUCUAAACUAUGUAAAUAAAUGAAAAAAUAAAAACAGAGGGGACAAACAGAAAUCAAAUUAUAAAAUUGUAGACACAGAAUCAACCAUAUCAAUAAUGACAUCCAAUGUUAAUGGACUAAAAACUCCUACAAAAAGGCAGAGAUUAUUGGAAUAGAUUUUAAAACAUCAGUACCCCACUGCAGUACCAGCUUUCUCUACAUUAACCUUGAUGCCCACGAAUAGGCUGACUCAUAUUUAAGAGCAUUUUCGGGGACAGAAAGUGGGGAUGGUACACCGUCAGUACACCUGAGCAGCAGCUUCCCCCACGGAAAAUGCCAUCUCCAAAGUGACCGCUGAGCCAGCGAUGGGCUUCCUUAGCCCAACUCUGAGAACCCACUUCUCCCCUUGCCCCCCGAAGGGCAUCACAUCUGGCUUCACAGGGUAACGACCAAGCUGCACUCGCCGCAGAGUCCCUGUAUGAAGGAGACCGGGUCCUGUGUUCACUUAUGUCAGCACGUGCUUUCCACUGCGGAUGCAAGAGGGACCCAGAGGGGCCACCCAGCGAAGAGAUGGUUUGUGUUUUCUCCACUCGGUGAACGGAGAAGUUCACUCAAGCCAUGGACUUCCAGGCUUGUUGUCCAGGGCAGAUGUGUUGACCCACAUAUUUUCUAGGUCCCAAGCUGCACUGAAAAUACUGAGGAAACACCAGAAGGUUCAAAGCCCAGUUUGUGUUAUGUUCACCCCGACAAAGCUCAGCUGUAGGUAACACCAGGGCUGUAGUGAUGCCUCGCCCAUUUCAAGUUAAGUCAGCUCCACAUAUUUGAUUGAAACCAAUGAUACUAGUGCCUUUGACCAGAAUCCUAGACACAGAUUUUCCCCACAUUUACAUAAAUUGUUUACCCUGCUAGCUGAAUAAGUAACAUUAAAAGCAAUACCCAGCAAUAUGCUAUAUACGACAGACCCACUUUCAAUAUAUAGCAGGGUCAGCAAAAUUUCUUCUAUACAUAUUUUAGGUUUGGCAGGCUAUCUACAAUUUGUUGCAUUUUUUAAAGCAACCCUUUAGAAAUGUGAAACACAUUGCUGGCUCAAGGGCCUUAGGAAAUCAGGCCGAGGCUGGAUGUGGCCAGUGGCUGCAGUGUGACAGCCCCUUGGACAAAGGGCCUGGCAGUGUUUGUGAGUGGCAAGUAAGCACAUGACAGGAUGCACAUACAGAUGAUCAACACAGUUAGUCGUUAGGAAAUGACACAUUAAAAGCACAAUGCAACAUGAUGACACAUCUGCAGGAAGGGUUGAAGUCCUUGUGUGUUGUGUUGGUGACUGACAACCCAAAUGUUGUCAAGCAUAUGGAUUAACCUUCAGAUGUUGUUGGUGAGGAUAUAAUGGCCCACCUGUUUUGGAAAACACGUGUUUGGUUUCUUAUAAAACUAAACAUAUCCCUACCCUUUCUGAACCAGCAUUCCUAGGUAUUUACCCAAGAGAAAUGAAGACACUUAUUCACAAAAAUAUUCUUAGCAGUUCUACUCAUAGUAGCCAAAAACUGUAAACUCUAGUAUCCAGCAAUAAGAAAUUGGAUGAAGUGAUUGGUUUAUAUAUACAAUGGCCUAUCAAUCUAUAAUAAUAAAAGUGUAAUAUGCUAA